AUGGUAUCUCGGUACGACAAGUUCGUCGCAUAUCUCAUAAUACUUCAGAGGGCGUUCUCACAAGGAUCUGCUUGCCCUCCCGGCUGGAAGAACUGGAACCAGUCCUGCUACGCCAUCUACUUCAACCGUGUGAGCUGGAUGGACGCUUCUGAGUUCUGCGAGAGCAGAGGAAGCCACCUGGUGAUGCCCAAUUCUCAGCCUGAGAAUGAUUUCAUCUGGCGGAUGAUGACGGAACGACUCAAGUCUCUUUCUGGGGCCGGAGUUUGGAUCGGCUGCAAGCGCAAGUCUGCUGAUUCUAGCUUCGUGUGCGCUGGGAAUGAGGGAAUGAGCUAUACCAACUGGGCACCUGGAAAUCCUAAGAAUAAAGAAACUCCGGUUUGUGCCUUGUACGGCGUGGACGGCGAGGGUAAAUGGAAAUCCGUUGGUUGCACACCAAGGAUCGGCAGGAACGUCGUCUGCGAGAUGCCGACUGCUCCUCGCAUGUACUGCAUGACAGCCGACGAAAACGGGCGCUUGGUGAACGACUUACCGUGA